UAUCGCCUCAGUGACGUUUGUGACUUUGUAAGUGGUUGAUAUCAUGCGAAGAACAUUUUUGGUUUACCGAGCCAGGGCUGAGAUUGAUUUGGUCAAAGAAUGCGUCACAGCUUCUCAAGAAUGAAGAAAGUUUGGAAACUUUAUUUCGUCCUGACGUUCUUUGGAAUAAUGUCCCUAUUAUUCUACGUAUAUGAAAACGAGAUGAUUCCUGCCAGUUCCCCGCAAAGGAAGGUUCCGAUUAGUCUGACAGGAGGGAAGUUCCCUGCCAGUCCGCUGAGAAAGACAACGCCUUCCAGUCCGCUGAGAAAGAAUUCUGCCCUCAGUAAGCCGAAAAGGAUGUACUAUCCUGAGAGUCAUUUGUUUCCUCUGAGAGGGAUUGGUGAUUCUUUUUUGCCCUUCAAGGAAACAAGUACAAACAUAGAAGCUGCACCACAGCAUUUUUGGUCUGAAAAGAAUAUGACUAAGGCUACUGUAAAUGCAUUAGACAGUGAAAGUCCGCCUCUCAAGAAAAUACUCUUUUGGAAUGAUGUUUUUGGUAACUAUUCCUUCUACUUCGGUUUUGGCCGAGAGCCUUUCGUAAAAGCAAAGUGUCGCGUCAACUCCUGCUUCACGACAUCGGACCGCAGCCUGUUUUCCCUUGAGGAGGUUGAUGCAGUGGUCUGGCACUCGAGGUCAGAUGACCAGAGUCUUCCCUCUAAGAGGUCACCGCAUACUAGAUACGUGUUUUGGAGCUGGGAAUCGGCCCAUUAUAUGUUUGAUAACCUACAACAAUUCAAAAAUGUCUUUAAUUGGACCUUCACUUAUAGGGUUGACUCAGACUUUCCUAAUCCGUUCAGUGCAGUUUACCGCCGUCUAGUGCCCAAACCCGUAUCUGUUGGUAAGAAUUAUGCUUCGGGGAAGAAAAGGUUAGCAGCCUGGUUUGUCUCUAACUGUGAAACCAAAUCUGGCAGGGAAAGGUUAGUAAAAAAGCUCAAAAAAUGGAUUAGGAUUGAUGUGUACGGACGCUGUGGUUCGUAUAAAUGUCCCUGGAAGAAUGGCAAGAGUAAUAAUUGCUAUGAAUUGAUUGAACGGAAGUACAAAUUCUACUUUUCGUUUGAGAAUUCCCUCUGCAAGGAUUAUGCAACUGAAAAAAUAUUCAAUAUUCUUCGAUUUAAUGUUGUGCCAGUGGUGUAUGGACUUAUGAAUUACACAGCAAAAUUGCCUCCUAAGUCGUAUAUUGAUGCCCUUGCCUUCCCAACUGCCAAGAGUUUGGCAACCUACCUCAUGUUUUUACAUAAAAAUGAUGCAGCAUACAAUGAAUAUUUCAGAUGGAAAGUGUAUCACCAAUUUCCAUCCGAAUGGAGCUUAUUAGCAAAGCCAUGGUGUGAGCUGUGUGAGCGACUUCAUGACGAUCAGUCUGAAAAAGUCUAUGAUAUAUACAAGUGGUUCAUCGAAGAUUCAAGAUGUAUUCAUCAUGAAAUGAACAAGAUAUCAAAAUUCAUCGAUGGCAAAGCCCCUGGAAAGUAGUUAUUUACCGUAAUAUGAAUAAAAUUUCUGUAUAUUAGAAAAAAGUUUUGUUAACGCCUGCAUUUCAUAUUACAAUAUGUGUAAGCUUAGUUCAAGACUCAAUGGCAUGCUAUUUAAUGUUGUGUAUGCACAUAAUACACAAUAACAGAAUCACA